GAUCGCCAUUACGUUUUAGUUUGCUUGAUAAACGUGUUGAGCAGGAAAAAUCGAAAAAUUACCCUCUUAAACGCGUCCGAACGGAAUAAAAUCACUUGCAAAUUGUAGCAUCGUACGCAAGAUGCUAGGAAACAGUGCACAACAGAAAAUGUGAAAUGGUUAUCUCCAUCCCUAGCAGUGAAUCAAAAUACAUCAACAAGGAAGGAAAUAUUGAGUGAUUUGUGCAAAAUCAUCGUCUAGUUUCAUCCGCAAUCUGUGUUGGCAAAGUUCAUAAAGUGAAGUGACGCAGGCUUGUGAACCACAUGACUGGCUACGAAAUUGGUUGUGUCGAACAACGAAAACGAGCCGGUUGUGUAAAAGUACUCUACAUGAAAGCGUUGAGUUUUUUAUCAAACAUCCUGUUGUCAUACUGAUACGAAAACAACACUCUCAACCAUCCAUCUGGCUGUUUCAUUAAGGAUUCGGAUAAAAACAUACAACCAGCGGAGACACCCACGGGAGAUAAACAUUUGCACAUAUGUAUCUGUGCGAUUAAUCUGAAACAAUAAUAGUGUGUGUCAAAAGUAUGGACGAUGAGAAUGGAUCAGCAGCAAAGGGAACUACAUCCACCGCAAUUACAACGGCAGAAAUCGGUACAUACGAGAAAAGCCCAAAGUCGUCGCUCGAGAAGCUCACUCUAUCAACCGCAGCCGGCAAAGAACCAACGGAUGGUGAAUCAGCGGGGUCUGAGUUUGGUAUCGAGCAACAGAAUUCACCAAAUAACACUGCCGAUCGGUCGGAGACAGAGAACAGCGCGGCGGAGGUGGAAAAAACAAUGGACGCAACGAGGCCAUCGUUCUCGGACGGUAAAUGUAGCGAUGGAACGCCUGAGUAUAGAGAGCAGGAAGAGAAUGUUGGAAAUUCUGAAACUACUAGCAUCAACGGGGGUGACGUCGAAGCAACUAGCGAAUCGGAUACAUCCGCCGAGCAAUCGUCACAUAUGGCAUCGUCUCAGUCCAAUGAACAACAGGACCGGUUGGAAAAAGACGCAAGCAUACAACAUGUUGUUCACAAGAAGAAAAUGUCUAAAGAGCCUAAAGAUACGUUGUCAGAAGAUGAACUGUCGGCUGCAAAAGACGACCCAACUAACACCGAUAGCUACAGAAUUGACGAGUCCUGUACACGCCAUUUAGAUGGACAAGCUCGUUUUACUGACUGUCCAGCAAACGAUGGGUGUGGAGUCAGUUGUAAUUCACCUUCAGAAGAAAAGUUGGUUAAUGAAGAUGAAAAUGAUGCUGUAAGGAGCACAUACAAAGCUAAGUCUGCUACUAAUACUACAUUAAACCGGGAUGGAGCGACCCUUUCCGAGUCAUCCGCUGAACAAUUAGAUAACGAUAGUCAGAUCGAGCACACUGUACAUAAAAAUAGUAUGGAAUCAUCAGAUAUGCAUGUAAAUGAAUUAACAACCAUAGCCACCACUAGUAAUGUAGUAAUUCCAGAAGACACAAAAUAUCCUAUAAAGAAGCUGAAAGAAUCCGAGCUAAAUAUUAGAAACUCGCUCGAUUCGGAGGCAGAGCAGUCCAGCAUACUAAAUGAAUCAGUCGAUUCGUCGAGUAGUGCUGAAAGCGCAGCUGGCUCUGACGAUAACAACGGUUGCCAUACGAACGGGGGUGGCAUUAACGGGACGGGUGCUUUCGACCACUCGUCGUUGGAAGGUGAAACCGACAGCCAUUGCGGAAAAGCGGAAAAUACAGAAGCAAGCAGCUCAUUGACAAUGCUACCUGGCAGACUGGAAACAUUGAACGACGGUAAUGGCGAUAGAAAAGGAGCGAACAAUUUAGAUUUGGAGUUACCAGCUAGUAUAAAGAAUACGGCAGACUUAAAAAUGAACGGGGAAUCCAGUAAAUCACCAGAAAACGCUUGCGACGAAGAGUAUCCUGAGGAUGAAGUGAUUGACCAGUCACAGACGAAUGUUAGUAACACUAGUAUUACAAGUACCAGUAGCAGUAGCAGUUCAAGUGGAAGUAGUAGUACCGCCAGCAGCAACAGCAGCGGCAACAGUGGUUGUAAAAGGAAUGAGGACCAGGAACCAGCGAUAGGUGAAACUAAUGAAAGGUGGCUCUCAAACAUCGACUCUCCGAUUCGUGAUAUCGCCAUGGCCCAUGUUCCUUCCUCUACACCAAUGUCGGUAAAUCCACUUAAACGUCGUGCAUCAGAAACACCGUUGGAGCGAGACAACGAACGACGGCGUAGGCUUUCCAGCGGUGAAGUUGAUUCAAAGCAGACUAAGCUUAGCCCGGAUCCUUCGAUUGUCCCAAAUUCGCCGGUAGCAAUCGCUAGCAGUGUUUUCAAUGAAUUUUCGGAUCGGAAUAGUGAAGAAAACAAACAAACGGGUUCGUGUGAGUCGAUCGUAAGGGAGACGGACGAAGCUAUCCAACAACCUGCUACAGAUGUUGACAUAAGCAAACCGAAUCCGGAGGAAAGCGUCAAUAGUUCCAGUGAUUGUGCUGAUGUUUCGGUGUCGGCCGCGUCUGAUGUAGCGCAUGAAAAUACGCCUGGUGCGUAUCUGCUAGAGCCAGCGGAAGAUGCGGAUAAAGAAGAUGUGCCGGUCGAUCCCAACCAACGACCUAUGGAAGAAGGAAAAGUUAGAGCGGAUGAAAACGAGGAAGAUAAUGGCCACACCAGUAGCAGUGGCAGUAGUUCGAGUUCCUCGGACAGCUCAUCAUCGUCUUCGUCAUCGUCAUCCUCUUCCUCGGACAGCGAUAGCUCUGAUGAUGAGGCGGAAGAGAGUGCAUCUGCCGCUGACCCUCCGAGACAAUCAUUGGACGAGAUUCACCACAAUCAGCCGUUGGUAGAAAGUCAGCAGUCGACACUCACGCAUUCCAUGCAUCCUACGUCAGUUGAACGAGAUCAGCCUGUGAUAGCCGAGCACGAGGACAUGUCGGAGGACGGAAGCCGGGAUAGUGCUGCGAUGGAAAUUGACGAAUCGCCGAUGGAAUCGGAGGACGAAGACGAAACAAAAGGGGCUGGUGGGGAUGAGCUGAAAAUCACACGCAGCGAGGGAUUGAAGCUUUCGAUUUCCCUCAAACGAUCCUCUGCCGUUGCAACUCCAACGCGACCUGAAGGUUCACCGGCGGUUAAAACUCCAUCGACAAUGCUUCCUCCUUCGAAGCAGCAGCAGCAACAGCAAUUUCCGUUGCAACCGGUCGAUUUUAGUAAUUUUCUGAAGAAAGGAUUUCAGUUGAAUGAAAAUCAGGAGCUGAGAAAGAUUGACUACAAUCACAUCCCUGACUUGAACAACACUACUCCCCAACAGAUCAGCAACAUGCACGUUCUGCCUAAAUCGGCACCGGCAAGGAUGUUCCAACAGCGUGCAACUGAAAACAGUCAGCCAAGUCCUGCGCCUUGGAACAAUGAUGCCGUUUUUGGCGUCGCGGGAAAGAACAUUAUGCACCCAUACAAACCGAACAACUUGGGCGGAAAACUGGCACACGCGCCCUUUGUGGCGCCGCCAUCGCAUGAAGAGUCGUCCGAUACGUUGGACGAAGAUAACCGGCUAGUUAUAGCGGAAAAGAAGCAGCGACGGUCUCGUAAAAAACCAACUCCGCAAAAUCAUCCACCAAUCCCAACGACGUUGCCAUAUUCUGCCCCUGACAGUAAUUUUUUCUUCACGUCAAGCGCCGCGUAUGCUGCAAUGCAACAGUUGCCGUACGGUAGUGCGCCUCAUCCAAUGUUACCCCAUACCAACGGGCGGGAUGCAAACUUCCUUGGGGACGGUUUCCAAACGACGAAUAUCGGUGGUAAAAAUAUGUUUCCGGUACCAACGUCUAUUGCAAACGUAGCGCCCAGCUCUCAACCGUUGAAUCAGUUCAAUUCGAUCAGCUCACUGCCGGCCACGAAGGGAGCGCGGAAAGGAAAUGGAAAACGGACAGCUGCUGAGCGGCGGAAGAAACAUUCGGCAACGAUGGGCGCCAAGGUUGCUAGUGAUACAACAAUUCAUCAUCCAGCGCCGACCGUCGGAAGCGGGAAUAAUGUCGAAGAACAACACAAGCGAGCCACAGAUAACGUGAGCAGUCGAUCGAACUUGAAGUUUUCUACCACCAAACCGACGACGGCUAAAUCGAACGUUGGCGUGAAUUCACCCUCGGUACCUGAAACACCCGCUAGCGAGAAAAAGAAGGACAAGAAAAAGGUGUUCCUGUGUUCGCCCUGCGGAACGCACUACGAAAACUGGAAUCUUUUCCUUCACAUGCGCGAAGUUCACCGAAAGCACAUUUGUCUGUACUGCCUCGGUAUUUUCCCGUCGGCGGAACGGCUGGUGAACCAUCUCGGGACGAAGCACGGCGUGCAGAAGAAGCAUCAUGGCAGCUUGGAGGAGUACCUUCAGCAGCAUCACCAUCAUCAAGGGAAAAAUGGGACGACAAUGACCGCGAUAGGUGGAGGAGGGCAACAACCACCGACAGCCGGUAACGCCGUGCCGCAGUUUCAGCAACCUUUCUAUCUGAUGUGCGCCCGGUGCGAACACAUGUUUGAGAGUACGAAUGAGAACGAUUUGCGAACCCGCGAACAGCAGAUUGCAGCUCAUAACUGUGCCGACUUCCUCGAAACCUGCGGCAACUGUGGGCAGUUGAAAUUGGUCAAACAUCGUUGCAGCACCGCUACUGAGGGUACGCCCGCAGUUGCUGGUGAUGAAGGUGUUGGUAGCAAAAAGAAGUCAUCGAAAAAGUCUAACAUUGCGAGGAAUGUCCAGGCGGUUCAAUCACCCAAUGCCAGUGAGUUUACAACGAAGAAAAUGUCGCAAGAAAAGAAAAAGCAGCACCUUCAGUUCCAGCCGGAACCACUCCCUGUUGGAGGUUCUAUUUUACAAACCCAGUUACUUAAAAAAGCACCGCCUACUACGACCCUCAAUCUGUCAGCUUCUGAUCACAGCAUCCUUCACGCACAUCAUGCAGCGCCUGCUCAUCCGCCCUCGGGCGAGGUCCGUUUCGAUCAAUCCACGACGACGAUAGCGCUGCCUCAACCGCCGGACGUCGCAGAGAACCCUCAUCAUGCUCUUGUAAAUGGGGAACAGCUACAUCAUCGUGAGGAGGAAUUGCCGCCCAUUGUUCCACCGGUCGUCGGUUCGUUUCCUACACCGACAUUCACGAACGAAGUGCACGAACCGCCAGUGCCACCGGUGCCGGCGGAACCUGUCCCGGAUAAUAUUCCUCCUCCAUCGACGACUCCUUUAGUGCCAAAGUUGAAGGUGAAAAUUCCCGUUCAAUACCUCACCCCGAUGGAAAGCGAAGAAUCAUCGAUGGAGAGUGAAGAUGACGACGAAGAAGACGAGGAAGACGAAGAAGAGGACGAGGAAGAGGAGGAGGCGGAAGAGGAUGGAACAUCAGCAGAGCACCGUGACGGAGGAGAGCCUGACAGUCGCGACGACCGUGGGGUGAAAGAAGACGAGGGCAAUGGUCAUAAUUUACCAAAACCGGAGUUCGAGAAUACGCCGGAGGCAUCUUCGUUAAAUCAGAUCAAUCCGAUGGAAGGAAGCGAUAAUUUAACAUCACCAACAGAUGUCGCGGUCCCAAGCCCUAUGGUAAUGGGGACGUCAGAAGACACGUGUGAACAGGAGCCAAUCCCAAUGGAGAUUGAUGAAACGAUUUCGACGGAUAGAACUGCACGCGUUAAUGUUCUGGAUGUUCCUUCGGUGGCACCCGAUACCCUUGCCGAUACGCUUCCAUUGUUGCAGGCUGAGCCAGCUCUUGCAAAUGUGCCCGAAGAAAGCUCACCAAUGGAAACGGUCGAAGCAGCAGCCCGACAGCAAAACGAAACGGAAUUGAAUGCUCCUCAACUUCACGAUGAAAAUGACGAUGUAACUCAAACGCUUUCGCAACGGGAUGAACCUCCCGUUGUCGAUCCCUCGGCCACCGUUGAGGAAGAGCAGUAUGGAAAUGACGACCCGACCGAAAUUGGUGCCACAAAUGAAGCGGAAGUGACGGUGGAAGAUGAGCAGAUUGCAGAGAAUGACACGACUCAGGCGAACGAUCUGCUCGUCAUUGCCGAUUCGGAUGCCCAGCUGUUCCAGCUUCUGUUGGAUGAGCCGCUGGAUCGGAUUCCCGUGCGAGAGUUUAUCAAAAUCUGCCUCCACAUGACGGUGCCGUUCUGUCUGUACUGUAAUCACGCGCGCCGCAUAGCCGUCAGUGCCCGUCAGCUCGUCCGGCACAUCAUCGCAACGCAUCGUUUCCAAGCGACGGUCAACAGCAUCACGGGCGAGGAGCUGCAACCGGAGACGAUUUUGCACCGCUUCAAGUUGGCGCUGGACGAGCUGGAUGCGGAAGCGUACCUGAACGUGGAAACGUUCGACAACAGCUGGACGAUGGAACAGCGCACAUCGGUGCCGUUCGUGCGCCAGUUCGAGUGCUUCCAGUGCCGCUUCGUCACGCUGGUGCACAAGGAGCUCUAUCUGCACAAUCGCAAAAUGCACCAGAAGUCGGUACUGGUUUGUCUGAUGUGCCGGGGAAGCUUCUUCAGCUACAGCGAACUGCUGUGCCACCUGUGCCCGGGACUGCCCAACCAGAUGACGAUCCUGGACUACACGUUCCGGUGCUGCGUGUGCAACGUGGACGGCAUUCCGUCGGCGUUCCGGCUGAUGGUCCAUCUCCGCAAACGGCACUUUGCCUGCGACGUGUGUCUGGAGGAAUGCCAGGACCAGGGCCGACUGUCGAACCACGUGUGGAAGCACAAGCUGCACCAUCUUUGCUACCGGUGCGGCAUCGGCUACCGCAACAAGGCGGACAUUCAGAAGCAUCUCUUCUGGAAGCACGGCACCGAGGGGGUGCUGUGCAAGCGGUGUCUGCAGAAAAAGUGGCCGCACGUGUACCAUUUCUGUAUGCCACCGGCGCAGUUCGUUUGCGAGGUUUGUCAGGCGUCGUUCGGCCGUUCGGUGGCGCUGAAGGUGCAUCAACGGUUGCACAACGGCGAUGCGAAGUAUCCGUGCACGGAGGAUGGUUGCGAGAAGCGGUUCAUUUCGAAGAAGCUACUGCUGAAGCACGUGCAGCGUCACUUUCCGGAGGUCGAUGUGAAGCAAGAGCCGAGCGGGGAGGAGAAUGUGAACGCGAGCAAAGAAAUCGACGAUCCGGUUGGGUGUAGCGAAGAAGGUGUAACGGAGGCGAAGACAAGCAAAGAACCGCAGUUGGGUGAGAUGUGCCCUGGGAAGUCGGAGGGAAGCGAAUUGGAAAGCAAAGAAAAACACUCCGACGAUGAAAAUCAACUAAAUGCAACUGUAGAGCAAUGUUUGAAAACGGAAAGUGUUGGCGAACCCUCCGACGCAGCGAGACAAACCGAAGGAUCGAUUGCUGAAGCCCUGCCUUCCGGUGGCGGGGAUGAUAAAACAUCCCAAGAGCACAAAGAAGAGACCCCCUCGCACGUUGCGAACGAAGAAUUAACGCCUGCCAAGAAGAGUAAGAAAAAGCGCAAAGCGAAGGAUGAUGACCGGUCGAUGGUUGAUCUUAUGAACUUGCCGGCAUUGAAUCUUUCCGAGAGUGACAGCAGCGACGAUUCGGACAAUGAGAGCUCGACCUCGAACAGCUUCAGCUCGAAGCGUUUCCAGGAGCAUUGGGCAAACAAUGCCGAGCCUUUGCCGAAUACGAGUGAAGUACCUUCAGCAGCAGCUGGACCGUUUGAAGAUGGCGAGGGAGCACAGGAAAAAGUGGAAAGCAUGGAUACGACGGAGGUGGGUUCAACCGUAGGUCCUCCGACGUCCCCGAAGGAUCCCAGUCAGCAGCUUACGGAGCACCGUGAGGACAAGGGAGUGGCGAUUUCCGAAGGCGUCACCAGCGUGGUUGAUCCGAUAGCAAACAUUUGGAAUAACUUCAAGCGAUACCAGGCGCACAAUCGCACCGCUAGCCGGCGUCAGUCCGCGGACGAGGAGCAGCGGAUGGAGGACGAGCUGGUGGAGAAAAUGCUAAAGAACACGAUCCUGCAUGUGUCUCAAUCGGAUCACGACUACUGUAUGAUGUAUAAGGCAUUGCUGGUGGCCGAAUUGGAAGCGACCGAGGGAGGAGAGCAACUGUUGCAGCAGGAAUCUCUGCUGUUGAAAUCGGACCGGGGAAUGGAGCAGGGGGUUGGGAUGAAUGUUGACCGCGAGGCCGCGCGGAAAUCGCAGACCCGCGCGCAUAAACGUACGACGGAUCAUUCGUCCGAUAGCGAUAGCAGCGAUUCGGAUUCGAGCUGUGCAUGUGGCUCCAACUGUAGCUGCAGCUCGAGUUCCAGCAACAGUUCCAGCUCGAGCUCGGACGAUUCGGACAGUUCGGACGAGGAGAGUAAGAAGCGCACGGCAGCGAAGAGAGCGCAAAAGGCCGCCAAUGCUGGAAGCCACGAAGAAACGGUUGACCCGAAGGCAGAAUCAGCUGAGAUUGGGGACACAGCAGCAGGGGUGGAUGAAAUUCAGUUGCCUCCCCCAGAACCCCCGGAACCGAUCGAUCCGGACAGUGUGAUCGUAGAUUCGGAUCUGCAGACGGACGAGUCGGAAACGGACGAAGAGUUUUACGACGAGCAUCCGCAGAAACGGGCCAAUCAGAUGUUGGCGGAAAAGCGGCGUGAACUGCUGGCACAAACGUACGCGGCCAGUGGAAGUGGGGUCGGCGGUAGUCCGGGCAUAAUGAACUACGGUAUUGUGGAGAACAGCCGGCCAUCAACACCGUCCCUACCCCCGGAGGAGCAGAAAGAGCAGGGCAAGAAGAAGCUCAAGGUUAAGAAGCGUAAGCGAGAACGAAAGUCAUCCAAACGAAUGCCAGUUUCGCCAGUUCCGAUCGCCAACGUGACGACCGUUGGGGGCGAAAUGGUUCUUCCGGGUAGUGAGCUGGCAAGUUAUGGUACGGUGACAACUGCUGUUUCGCACCAUUGGAUGGACCAGCAGCAUCAGCCGGAGCUGCUAUCCGGAUCGUCACACGAAGUUUCGAUCGUGAGCAAUCCGUCUUCAAUCGGUCCACCGUCGCAACAUUAUCAGUCCGUGGCUACAGGAGGAGGAGGUGAGGGUGGAAAAAUAAGCGCACCAAGGUUGAGCACAGGAAACAGCUCGGAGUCGGAUGCUCCUCUCAAGCGGUCGCAACGGUGCCGGAAGCCGAACAAAUUCUACGGCUACACCAGUGACGACGAGAGCGCCGCCGCGUCCUUACCCCUUCCGGCAGGCAUACCUUUAUCGGUAAACCCAGAAAAGUCCAUUCUUUCGCUCAUGAAACCGACUCCACCGCCAAACUUGGUGUGGAGCAAAGAGGAUCUUCCGUCGCCGCCGGCCAAGUCUAGCGGUGGUGGUGGUGGUGGAGGAGGUAGCAAGGCCACGGCUCAUUCGAACCAGCGACGCAGCACUGAUCACCUGACACCGGUUUCGUCGCGGCGUAAUUCGGGUGUUGGAGUGCCGCUCGAGUCGGACCUGGGUGGUGGACUGCUCGUACCCUCGAUGCAGCCGGCACUACUGAGCACCGUCCCUACGACACCGCAACUUCUUCUCCAACGACCACCGUUGCCGAAGCUGAAACUCUCGCUGCCCAAACGGACUUCCGGCACCAAGACACCGAAGCGAAACCAAACCACACCCGGUAGCAAGCGUCGACGCAAGGCGCCACCGAAGUCGGCGCCACCGCUGGCCGGCGUGCCGCCCACGAUGAUGCCGAAUUCGGCGCCUCUAUCUGCACCGAUUGUACCACCACCAGCUUCCGCGUCCACCUUCCAGCCCCCCAUAGUCGACAAUCGGCCUAAGAUUCCCCCGAUCGGUUCAUUCCCCUCCGUGCAGACGGACCUGUUUCGCCCGAGCCAAAUCCGGGUACCGGCUGGGUGGCGCGCCCCGCGUGAGGGUGAAUCGGUGUACUGCUAUUGUCGCGCGCCCUACGACGAGGUGUCCGAAAUGAUUGCCUGCGAUGGCGAGAACUGCCGGAUCGAGUGGUUCCACUUCGAGUGCGUCGGAAUCAUUAUGGCACCGAAGGGCAAGUGGUUCUGCCCGGAGUGCAAGUUCAACCAGCCGCCGACGGUGGUCGACGACGAUGAGCAGCGGCCCCCGCAGCAUGAAUAUGGUGGUAGAGUUAUGCCACAACCGUCAGCCGGCGUAGCGCAUGGUAUGGCGUCGUCGUCAUCUUCGACCGGUGGAGGGGUAUGGGGACACCAUCUCUAGUAGAAACGGGAUUGAGACAGAAUAGAUUAAACCGACUCAAACAUACAUACACACACACACGCUUAUUACUCAUAACCAUGAGGAUGGCUGAUGAAGGAAUCGUAACAAGUGUAAGUUUUUACCUCGACAGCCUCGUCCCCCGUUUAGUUUUUUAAAUGACAUAUGAGUAAAACAACAAUAGGUUAGAUUAUCCUGUAAGCGAGCUACUGUACUUUUAAUGUGGUAGGACGGUUGGCUUAUGAUACACAUACGUGCAUAAUACUAUAGACGUGUGGAAUAAUAUUCACGGAGGCAAAAUAGUAGCUCCAUUAUGUAUGUGUAGUUUUGCAAAAGGACUCGGCAGCAGCAUACAGAUCGUAGAUGAGCCUCUAUGUUUGUCCCUUUGUGUGUAUGUGCCCGCGAGCGCUUGUGUGUGAGUGUGUGUGAUAUAAGAGAGGUCCUGGGUGGGAGUAUGGCGAGGGGGAGAAGGCGAUCGGUUGGCGUUUAUUACUUACUACUAGAAGAAGGGCACUGUAGGGAAACGGCAAUAUGUAUGCAACACUUACACAAAAUAUGGCUAAGCUCAGUAUCAUCGAACGCAAAGAAUGCAGUAGUACUGUAUACUAACCGGAAAGCUGGAUACCCUUUGGCGGGCGUAAGAUACACUCAUAGAACACGUCUAGAAGAGCGAUGGUUGCACGAUUUCGCUAUUGCGCCCUACCGAAGGCACGCGCGUAGGAAGGAAUGAUAGGAAAGGCAAAACAGAAGAAGACAGUUGAUCUCUACUAUGCACUACUAGUGAGGGAAUAAAUUGUUUAUAGUCGAAGAUUAA